AUGAUCUUCACCCGCGGCGUCUCCUUGACGAACUUCCUCGUCGCCACCUCGGCCCUGGGCUUCCAGGUGUUCGUCCUAUACCCGUGGCACAAGCAGCUCGACAACGCCUUUGCAGAGCUCAAGAAGGAACAUCUGCGGGUCCUGCACGGCGAGGCUGCCCGUAUGGACGAGCUGAAGGGGAUCAGGGAGCAACUCGUCCAGCUCCAGAAGAGAAGAUGGAUUUGA